AUGUCGGAAGUAAUGCAAUCGCCAUCGGGCGGUGGGCGCUUCCUGACCAACGCUCUCGAGGAGCUGGGUCUUAUCGCCAUGUGGCACUCGUCGCGCGACGUCAAGCUCCUAUGUGCUCAGCGGUUCGUGCGCCUAUUCGCGUACGGAGGUUCGACUUUAGUCCUUGCUUCGUAUCUAUCUGCCAUGGGUAUCACAGAUGAUAGAAUCGGUCUUUUCAUGACCCUCACCUUGGUGGGAGAUGUCGCCAUCAGCUUCUUCCUCACUCUCUUCGCUGACUCCAUGGGCCGCAAAGCGGUCUUGGCCCUGGGAUCCGUUAUGAUGGCCGGCAGUGGUAUCGUAUUUGCGCUCUUUGGAAAUUAUUGGAUCCUCCUAGCUGCCGCUGUAUUUGGAGUAAUUAGUCCCAGCGGCAAUGAAAUUGGACCCUUCCGUGCCGUUGAAGAAUCUACCUUGGCGCAUCUUACGCCUAAAGAGAACCUCAGUGACGUUUUCGCAUGGUACUCCUUGGUCGGCACGGCUGGCACAGCUCUCGGUCAGCUUGUAUGUGGCUGGACGAUCAGCUCUCUCCAAUCGUUGCAUGGUUGGGCAUUCAUCCCGGCAUGCCGCAUUAUAUUCUUCGCCUACGCUGGUGUUGGCGCGGUCAAAUUGAUUCUCACUCUUGCCUUGAGCAGAAAGGUGGAGGUUGAAGAAAAGCAGUCUGAGCCACAGCAGCAGGGUGAGACGCAACCGUUGCUCGCGGACUCCAGUUCUUCGCAAGAACUAGCAGCGCCAAAGUCUAAGAAAUCCAUAUUCGCGUCUCUCGAUAAGGAUUUGUGGUCGCUCAUGAUCAGCUUGUUCAUCUUGUUCGGACUCGAUGCAUUCGCAUCCGGAUUGGCCUCGCUAUCCUGGAUGACAUACUUCUUCCGGCGCAAGUUUAGCCUCCCCGAAGGUGAACUUGGUACUAUAUUCUUCUUCACAAGUAUCAUUUCCGCGGCAUCCAUGCUGGUGGCAUCGUCGAUUGCCAAGCGUAUCGGCAACGUCAAGACGAUGGUUUUCACACACCUUCCAUCCGCAAUUUGCCUGUCACUUAUCUCUGUGCCAAACAAUUUACCCUUGGCCUUGACAUUCCUUGUCCUCAGGGCUUGCUCGCAGAGCAUGGAUGUGGCCCCGCGUUCAGCAUUCCUCGCAGCGGCCUUGCCAUCUGAUAAACGUACGGCGAUUAUGGGCGCAGUCAAUGUUGUCAAGACAACCACUCAAAGCCUUGGACCACUUCUGACCGGAAUUCUGGCCCGUAACAAUAUGUUUGGUGUCUCAUUUAUUAUUGCGGGUUGCUUGAAGGUCGUCUACGACCUCGGCAUGCUUUUUACUUUUGCUGGCAAGGAGGCCGAAAAUAGGAAGCAAGCUGCGCAAGAAAAUGACGAGGAGAGUCAAUGA